CCUGACCAGCAGAGCAGCGUUUAGGUGACAGUGUGAACAGAAAGUACAGAGGACAGGAUUUGUGACCAAGCUGUUACAGGGAAUAAACGGCUACCAGCUCAAAGAUGAGACAACAGAAGGAGAAGAUGAUCUGCAGGAUCCUGCUGCUCCUCAUCCUCACCUCAUGUGUCUCUGGAUCAUUUGUAGUCAAUGUGACACAGACCUCCUAUCAGGCAGAGGAGAACCACAACAUCACACUGGAGUGGACGUUCACCGCCAAACCUGACAGAUCCAUCAAAACUCUCAACAUCCUCUGUGGUCAUAACACUGGUCAGAAUACCUCAGUCCUGUAUCAUGUUCAUGAAGGUGUUGAGGUGUCAGAGUCUCAGGAUGCAAAGUUUUCAGGACGAGUCCAGAGUGACAAAGACGCCCUCAGAGAAGGACGAAUCAGACUUCAAGUGUCCAGACUCAGGACUGAUGACUCGGGUCUGUACCUGUGUGAGGUCAACACUGAUGAUGGCUUCAGUGCUGGAAGAUGCAGAGUCAGCAUCACUAGAGCUGAAAAACACUUGGAGGGAUUCAAAUGUGUUCUGGCAAUUUUCGUGAUCAUAUCUAUGCUAUUUUGUGCUUCGAUGAUCUUGAUAGGUUAUACAGUUAAAAAAGUGGUUCGUCUGUUUGUGAGGAUGAAGAGAAAAGACCACACCCAAUACAGACGAAACAGCAGAUCUUCUCUUUAAGCAGAGAAUGAAUAUUUAUUCCAGCUACCAGCAACAGCUUCACUGUAAGCGCACAAAAACAAUCAAGGAGGACUCGGCACCAGAUUCAGUGUCUGCAGGUUUAUUUUCAUGCUGCUCUGAAACUCUGAAAUUUCUAAAAACAUCACAUUUUCUUGUCUUUGCAAAGCUCUUUGACUCUGAAGAUAUUUGAACAUAAAUGUGACAUUUCAUACGAUCCAUGUGGCCUGCCGGAGCGCCGGAGCUCCCGACUGCCAACUGCUUUUAAAUGCCGGUAAAACCGCAACCACAUAUGAAAGAGCAAUAAAUCUUUUUCAUAUAAAACCAGAGCAUUUACACUUACAUAUCAUGCAUUCAACAUGUCAGAGUGCUGUAUCCUUCCUCUAAUGGGCUGACAAAAAUCACAUAGGAAGCAUUAACAAAAAAAACUUAGUCUCUGCGCUUUGUCGUGUGCAUUAGCAUGUACAGCUAUGGCAUUUCUGUAUCUAGUAUGAUAGGUAGAUACUGUGGCUUAGUGCACUCUUUAGCUACCUUAUGUAGUUACUAUAGAUGCAUAUUAUUAUAACCAGGGUUCUGAAGGUUCUGUUGAUGUAUAGUGAGUUGAAUUAUUCCACACGAUGGUACUACAGCAUGUAUAACUGUAACAACAAGGUUUGGCAGACUUGUUCUAUUAUAGGUCUCAAAGGGAGGAAAGUUUGCUCCUUUAU